AUGAUCUCUGGUCCAACAGAGAAAGUAUCUGAUGCUUCUGUCACACCAUCAACAAACCAGGCGAUUGAGGGGAAGUCUGUCAACUUAACCUGUGAUGCUGCUGGAUCUGUGUUUACCAGAAAAUGGAUGAAGGAUGGAUCAGAUCUGACUCUGACUGACAACAUAACAUUGUACGAAGAGAACAGAGUGCUGUCCUUUCAGUCACUACAGAAAACGGACACAGGGGAGUAUUCAUGUAACAUCAGUAACCCCAUCAGCUCCAUGGAGGCUAAAUACAGCUUGGUUGUUAAGUAUGGACCAGAAAAUGUUGAAAUCAAAGGCCAGAAUAAGGUACUUGUUGGCAAAAACAUCACAUUAACCUGCUCUGCUGAGUCUGAACCACCUGCUAACUACACCUGGUCACUGAAUGGGACAGAGAUCCACAAAUCUUUUGAGUACACUAAAAAGAAUGUUACAUACUCUGACAGUGGAAGCUACACCUGUCAAGCAAAGAAUGACAUAACUGGGAGAUCACUGUCUGCUGUUCAAGAAUUGACUGUUCUAGUUAAAGUAGAUGAAGGUCUUUCAGGAGGCACCAUUGCUGGAAUAGUAAUCGCAUGUCUUGUGGUUACAUGUUUUGCUAUUGGAGGAUACUUUAUCUACAAAAAGAAAGUCAACAACAGACGUCAGCCAAAUAAGACAGUGCAACUACAACAACCACAGAAAGAGGAACAAAUUUACGAGAACUCAUCUCCGGUUUAUGAGAACUUUUGAACUCAACAUUUUUGAAAGGAAUGUGACCUCUUUAGGACCAAAGGAUGCAUGUUUUUGAAGAAUGUUUUUCUGUAGAAAUAUGUCGUCCAGCCAUUAAACCCCACUCAGUAAAACAUACAGUUAAUCAAAAAGGGAAAAACUAGAUGCUUUAAAGUCUCACUAAAAAUGAAAACAGAGACACCAAUGCUUCAGAAUUUUAUUUUUCUAUUUUAGCUUUACGUUAAACAGAACUUUUAAUAAGUGUCAAUGCAAUGUAAUAAAAAAGUAACAGGAUUAUAUACUGUAUGUUUCUGGAAUGGUUAAAUCUUAAAUUAUGAAACAUACAUGAACCUUAAGCUGCUUUUAUUUAUGUUUUAAGGGACAGAAGCAUCUGAGCUGUGUUUCACCUGAUUUAUUACUUUUGUAUAGAGAUGUCAUAAACAUUUGAAGAUGCUAGCUUCUUACAAUCAAAUAAGUUUUGAAACACAUUGAUCUGUUAUGAUUAUAUAGUGGUGAAUGUGUUUGAAUUUACUUCCACUGUAUGGCAAUAUAAAAAUAAAUGACCAACGUUGUUUUCUGUUUUCUGAACUUCAAGUAUAAAAGUGUAAAUCUACAGAUCAGUUUGCUUUGAUUCUUCUGUUCAAACAACAUAAACACAAUCUGUUUCAUCUGUUAAUGCAUCAUAUAUUAGU